GUGGUCCCGUUUUCUACUUGGAGCACAACGGAAGGAUCUGGUGGCUCCCUUCAACAGCCCAGGAGAGCAGGAUCAUCCCUCGGGAGGAUGCUCCCCACCCUGUGGGAGGACCUGCCUGGAGGGUGACUGGAGAGGACUCCUAGCAAUGGUGCCCUUCCCUCUGCUCUUGGGCUCGGGAUAGUGAGGACCAGACACCCCUGGUUACAGGAUGUGCUCCCUCCCCAUGGCAAAAUACUACAUAAUCAAAGAUGCAGAUCAGAAGGCGCUGUACACGCGAGACGGCCAGCUCCUGGUGGGCGAUCCCGACACCGACAACUGCCGAGCUGAGAAGAUCUGCGUACUUCCUAACAGGGACCUGGACCGUGCCAAGGUCCCUAUUCUCCUGGGGAUCCAGGGAGGAAGUCGCUGCCUGGCAUGUGUGGAGACCAGAGAGGGCCCUUCCCUGCAGCUGGAGGAUGUGAACAUCGAGGACCUGUACAAGGGCGGCGAACAGGCCACGCGCUUCACCUUCUUCCAGAGCAGCCUGGGCUCUGCCUUCAGGCUCGAGGCUGCUGCCUGUCCUGGCUGGUUCCUCUGUGGCCCCGACGAGCCCCAGCAGCCAGUGCGGCUUGCCAAGGAGAGCGAGCCCUCGGCCCGCACUGAGUUCUACUUCGAACAGAGCCGCUAGGGAGGCCAGAGGCAGCCGGUGCCCCCCGCCAAGCCCAUCCUGCUUGUGGUAGGGAGAGCAGCCGAAAAGGCAUCCACGGCUUCACCCCCAGAAUCUGAGGGUCUACCCUUCGUGGCAAAGGCACUCGGCAAACGUGUUUAGGUCAUGCGUCGCGAGCUCUCCAGUGGGCCCCGUGUCAUCCCAGGGACCGCAUGAGAGGGAGGCAGGAGGGUACGGGGCAGAGGGAGACGGGAGGGGGCCAUGCUGAUGGGUUUGAAGACUGAGUCAUGUGCCACCCAAAGCAGGUGUUUCUGGAAGCUGGAAAAGGCAAGGAACAGGUCCUCCUCAGAGUCCCCAGAAGUCUGCUGACCCUUUCAGACUUCUGACCUCCAGAAUGUGAAAAAUAAUAAAUGUGCGU